AUGUCGUACAACUUUAUUGAUCACGUCACAACACUUCAAGAAAACAUUUUCCAAUUUCUUUGUUAUAUUGACCCAACACAGGUUUCAAAAUACAAAGCACUACUUUCGGACGUGCAAACUGAGUUAACAAAUAGUGAAGUGGUCACUUUACAAACACCACAACUCGUGUUGAUAAACUCUUUCCCAGACGAUCCCGAACAAACCGCUCUUUGUAAAAGACAAGCAGUUACCCGCCUUUCGACUUUGCUUCGGCUAUACAAAGACAUCCAACUAAAUUCAGAAACCCUCAAAACAGUCAUCGUCAAAAAGCCUAUUUUCAUCAUUGGACUUCCACGAACCGGUUCAACCACUUUAUUCAACUUGAUGAGCUCACAUCCAAAAAUGCAUUAUUAUCAUGCAUGGCAAACUAUGUGCCCUGGAUUUUCGACUGUUUCAGAAGAGGCGCAGAGAAAGUUUACACUUCGAUUAAAGUCGGUGAUGUUAGGCGGGACUUCCGACUUUGAGAAAAUUCAUGCAAUUGAUAUCGAGAAGAAUGAGGAGUGUAUGUUUCAGUAUGACUGUUAUGGAAUCUCAUAUUCACACUUCUUCGCAUUGCCGAUGUACGCUGAAUGGGCAGAGAAGUUUCUUACGACAGAUUGGAAAAGCUUGAUGGAUUUCGAGUGGAACAUAUACAAACUCAAUUUGUUGAGAAACCCUAUUAAGGAUGAUCAAUUCUUCUUAACCAAAAACGUCGCUUUAUUGAGCGUUUUACCUGAAUUACUGGAGUCGUGCGAUGACGCUCGAAUUGUGUGGAUUCACAGAAACCCAAGUGACCAAGUUAAAAGCGCAAUUCCUUUUUUCUCAGCAAUACAAAACGCGUUUCUCUCAAAGAAGCAAAAAGAUGUGCUUGACACAAAAUGGCUUGAGAAAAAUAUUGUUGACCUUCAGAACAAAAUUCUGCAUCAAGCUGUCGACGCGAGAAAUGAAUGGGUUCAGAAACAUGAAGAGAGGAAAAACCAAUUUUACGAUGUCAAAUUUGACGACUUGAUCCAAGACCCCAUUGGAACAGUUGUCUCUUUAUUCAACCAAUUUGGAAUUGAAACCACAGAGACUGACAUUGAAAUAAUGAAGAGGUCAAUUGAAAGUGAUCCACAAGACAAGGUCGGAAGACUUACAACAAGUGGAGAGUCUUCUGAUUUUGACAAAGACUCGAUAGAGUCUACAUUUGAGUGGUACAAAACCCUUUACUUAUAA